AUGGCUUCCUCAGACGAUAAAUGCAUGCUGCACAGAGGCAGGUCUCAAAGUGACCCGAACAUCCUCAGCGAGUCGGGCAUCGAUCCCACACACAGUGCAGAUGUGAUGGAGCAGCAGAGGGUCAUGCGCUCCAGUUGCCUGGUAAGCGGUGUGCACACUCCUCCCAUCCGCCGUCACAGCAAGCUGGCUACGCUGGGGCGUCUCUUCCGGCCUUGGAAGUGGAGGAAAAAGAAGAACGAGAAAAUGAAGCAGAGCUCCACAGAUGUGGCCUUGGCCAGUGGUCUCCACUCUCUGAAUAUCAGCUCUCCCAUUCAGAGUGUUUCGGAUGCUGAGCUCCGGCUUCCUGGCUCACAUGGACCUAUCCUCAGCAUCAGCAGCAUGGAGUAUCUCAGCUCAGAACAUGAGCGUCUACCUACGGUUCCUGAUUCCAUAGAAGAUGGUGCAACAACAGAAGAACCUAACAGCCCAGAGGAGGAGGAGGAAGAGGUUGAUGAGGAGGAGGAGGAAGAAGAGGAAGACCCCACUCCCGUAGAUGAGGAUAUAGAUGCGAAUAUAGAGGAAAGAGAGCAAGAUGAAGUGCCUCAAAGACAGUCUCCUCUGAGCAAUCAUUGUAUUCAGGUCACUCAGUUUAACACUGAGGAAGACCCUGCUGGCUUCACUCUCACAGCAGUGCCUCAGCCCAACUCAUUUCUCCCUAAAGAGGUGCCCAGAGUCCCAGAAGGCCCUAGUCCUGUACUUCUUCGAGGGCCUUUCUCCAAUACAGUGAGUUCACCUCAUAUAGGAACCUUGCAUCCUCCUUUGCCCCCUAGCAGUAUCAUUGAGGAACUGCACCGUGCCCUGGCAACAAAGCUUCGGCAAGAUAGUACGGAGCGAGAGUCAAGUGGGGAGGUGGAAAGCAGAAAGGAGGCAGAGGAGAAUAAAGAGAACAUGAGACAAAGCAACUGCUUCACUGAUGCCUCAGGAAUCAUAUAUGACAUCGACAGCUGGAACGAGUCUGUCAUUUCUGGCACACUGCCGCGUAGAAUGAGAAAGGAGCUGCUGGCGGUGAAGCUGCGGAAUCGACCCAGCAAACAGGAGCUGGAAGACAGGAACAUCUUCCCUGUGCGCAGUGACCAGGAGAGACAAGAAAUCCGCCAGCAAAUUGAAAUGAAGCUCGCCAAGAGACUCAGUCAACGGCCGGCCGUUGAGGAGCUUGAGAGCCGAAAUAUCUUAAAACAGCGGAAUGACCAGACAGAGCAAGAGGAGAGGAGAGAAAUAAAACAGAGAUUAAAUAGAAAGCUCAAUCAGCGGCCAACAGUCGAUGAACUGAGGGAGAGAAAGAUCCUGAUUCGCUUUAGUGACUACGUAGAGGUUGCUAAAGCCCAGGAUUAUGACAGGAGAGCUGACAAACCCUGGACUAGACUGUCUGCAGCUGACAAGGCUGCCAUCCGGAAAGAGCUGAAUGAGUUCAAAAGCACGGAGAUGGAGGUACAUGCAUCAAGCAAGCACCUAACAAGCUCUGUGAUCACAACUACAGAGCUAAAGAUACUCAUAUAA